AUGAUGCUCAUGGUCAGUCAUACUGCUCAUGCCAAGUCCAAUCCUCCUCUUGUCCUCUCCCCAACACACAUCAUCUCCUCUCUCAGCACAUCAUCCUGCACCAGCACCUCCUCGCCCUCUGCCAAUGAAGCCGCCCAGAACACACUCCCCCCCAUGGCCAAGACAGCCAUCCUCCCACCCACACACACCCAGAUGAGCACUAACAACCCUGUGAGAGCCAUCCCAAACACUUUGAGGAAUGAUGCUAGGGGCAUAGGGGUGCGCAAGGCAGAGAGCAUGAAGGUGAAGUGCAUAUGUACACCAAGAGGGGAAGCAACCAUCUUCCUCCACCUGUGCUCCACAUUCCAGCAUGCCUUCCCUGAUCCCGACCCAACACUCUCACCUGCCCACCUGCUCCUCACAGUCACCUCUAAGCGCUGA